AUGCAGAUACCCUACAGCACCCUGCCGCGGGUCGACGGCCAGCCGACGACGCGGGCGCCGACGGCAACCACAUCUGCACCGCCAGCCACACCAGCAACGCCCGCGCGCACCGCGCCGCCCUCCGCGUUCACAUAUCGUGGGAAGGCGCCGCGCCCCAUCAGCGACGAGGAGCUCGAUGAGCACCCGACGGCCAUACCGCGCGCCGCCGUGCUCGCCGCGACCGUCUCCCACCCACCCGAACCGCCGAGAGUGCUCGAAACCGCCUCGACACUAGCGCCCUCCACAGCAUCCGUGCUGACGCGGGCAAGCACCGUCUCCGACCCCAGUCACACACGUACAGCCCCGCCGUCGCCAUCUGCGAUGGCGGCGUCGCAGUCCACGCCGCCCUCGGUUGCAAACGGCCAAUCGGACGCGCAACGCAAUUCGUUACCCAACGCACAUCUGCCCUUCCUUUCACAUGCCCCGCCUCCCGCCGACAGCUGGAUCCAGGUAGAGACCACGCCCACGGAGUACCGACUGCACAUACGACUUCCUGGCUUCCAGCGCGAUGGCAUAACACUUGCGACGAAGAAGCGCCGCAUCCUACACGUCGUCGCCGACUCUUGGGAGAAUGGCGGGGGCCACUUUGAACGACGGAUAUCCUUUGGUUAUGAUGCGGACCUGGUGCAGGUUCGCGCCGAGUUUGAUGGGGAGAUGCUCCGAGUCGUGAUACCCCGGCGCAUGCCGCCAGGCAGCGCGCGUAGCACAAUGGGAAUGGCCAGAUAA